CCCUUCAGUUAGUUGGCAAACCAAAGUGUUGAUGAGAAGAUGUUCAAUUUGUCGCUGCUCUUCUGGUGUCUAUUGCUGUUGCUGGUGGCUGAGGCUCCGGCUGGGGAAGCCACACUAUCUCCGCUCAAUGCGAAAGACUAUCAGCUGGACUUUUUGCGUGCCUUGGCCGACCAAGCAGAGCAGCGCGCCGAGCUGAGCCUAAACGAUUAUCUGCAACAAUUGGAGCGCAAUGCCAGCUAUGGCAACUACACUGAACAGCUGGCCGCCGCUCGCGUCUCCCACAAGCUGCAGUCCAAGGUGCUGCUCAUCAAGCAGCUAUUGGACGCGGAGCAGCAUACCCAGCUUGACUUGGAGCACACCUGUGUGCUGCGCAAUCUAGUCUUCCUGAGCCGCCUCAAGCAGCAGUUGCGCGCUACUAGAGAUGCCAGCGCCCAGGAGAUACGUCAACUGCGCGUGCAUCACCUCUGUCAGCAGUUCGAGCGUCCUGUCGCCGGUCAGCGUCGGGAGCGGCUGAUCAAUGAGCACACUUUGGGCGCAGCCCUGGAACAGCUGAAUGUCACGCAUAGCACAACAAAUACAACCAGCCUGGAUCUUACGCAUUUUGGUCAACAGCUGUACGAGCGUGUGAAGCUAUCGGGCGCCGAGAUCAUAGACAACUAUGUGUUUAUACUGCGCGGCCUUCUGCAGGAUAUUCUCGAUGCUGAGCACGCGGAUCUGGCUGAAAAUAUAACGCAGCUGGAGCGAUCGCUCCAGCAGCUGGACAAAAUGCUGGCCAUACCGGACUUCUUUGACAAACGGCAGAGUGUCUAUGCCUUCCUGGAGCGUCAUCUUAACUUAGACUACGAGCAGCCGGGCCAGACCCUUAACACCGAGCAGCACCUGACCGAACAGCUGCUGGAGCAGCUGAAGGCCAAGGGCUUGGAUCUGUUUGUCAUCUUUCUGUUUAGCAACUUUGAAUUCCUGGAGCAGGUGCAUGAGCAUUGGUCGCAGCUGCUGCCACAAACGCCCAGUUUGCUGUACGACGACACGAGCAGGCAACUCUAUGACAUACAGCAGCACUACGAAACCUUUAAACUGGAUACAGAGAGCUCGGCCAAGUAUGAGACAUACACAGCGGCGUUAAAACGCCUGCACGAGCGCACAGUGGAACAGGGACAGCAAAAUCAUCACAUAUUCGAGAUGGUCAACAAUGCGGCGCAGAAUGUGGGCAGCGUAACGUUCAAUAUGAUCAAGGCCAAGUGCAAGGAAUUGCUUUAAGGAUUAAGAAAUUACAAAAUAAAUAAACACCCAUAUUAUUACAAGCAAUAAAAUAUAUUAUUUUUAGCUAUCUACUAAAA